CUCCAUAGGGGGCCAUCUAGGGGGCGAAGAAUGAAGGUCCGACCUCCAUAGGAGAAAAGAAAAGAAAAGAAAAGAAAAGAAAAGAAAAGAAAGAGACUAUUAUGGCAAGUUUGGCAACAGAAUUUUAUAAAAGGAAAAGCAUGGCAUGGAGUUGCUUUAAAUUCGGAUGAAAGGAUUGAACAACGGCCGCUCCUAUUCACAUUGCCUAUAAAUUUGCAUGCUGCUUUCCCGCAAUUCACUGCAACCCUCUCUCUCCCUCAUUCCUCUUUUAUGUAAAUGGAGUGGUGACAGGGAGAGGUAAGAAAUCAAGAGGCGAAGGGUAGCAGGGGUUGCAUGCAUUUGGAGGUUGUACUCAGCUGGGCUAGUUCUUCAAUUCCUAAUUAGCCCAGACCAAGAGCACCUGCCUCAACUCAUUCAUUGGAAGAUUGAUCGAUACCGAUAUCGAAGAUCGGCAUGGCAUACGCAGGUACAACCCAGAAGUGCAUGGCUUGCCAGAAGACGGUGUAUCUGGUUGAUCGGUUGACUGCCGACAACCGGAUUUUCCACAAGGCCUGCUUCCGCUGCCACCACUGCAGAGGUACCCUCAAGCUUGGCAAUUUCAAUUCCUUCGAGGGAGUUCUAUACUGCAGACCUCAUUUCGAUCAGCUAUUCAAGAGAACUGGCAGUCUGGACAAGAGCUUUGAAGGCACGCCAAAAAUUGUGAAGCCAGAAAAAACUGCAGUCAAUGAGAAUAUUGCGACAAAUAGAGUCUCAAAUCUGUUCGCGGGCACCAGAGAUAAAUGUGUGGGGUGUAACAAGACUGUCUACCCAAUUGAGAAGGUCUCGGUUAAUGGAACUGCAUACCACAAGAGCUGCUUCAAAUGCACCCAUGGAGGUUGUACAAUCAGCCCUUCAAACUACAUCGCCCACGAGGGAAGACUCUACUGCAAGCACCACCACAUCCAGCUCUUCAGAGAGAAAGGUAACUACAGCCAGCUCGAGAACGAGAAAGAUUUCGCAACUGAGAAAGUCACUGCUGUGGAAGUCUCGGUCGCAGCUAAAUCAUGAUCUGAUGGAAGAAAGUCAUCUUCAUUCAUUCACUCGUUUUUUCUCAAUUUGGCUAGCUCAAUAUUGCACUUGUCCAAAUAUUCUUCUUUUUCUCCCUUCUUGUCCAGAAUGGUUUUCCACUUGUAAAAUGAAACAGAAUGGGUUUUUGCUUGUAUGAAUGGAUUUCUUGAACUCUUUGGCAA